AUGGCUGUUCCAACUUCAACCACUCUCUUAAAAAUGGACAACAUACCUAACAAAGGCAGAGGCCUCAUUGCAGCACAAGAUCUCAAAGCUGGCCAAAUAGUCCUCACCGAAUCCCCUCUCCUUCUCUACUCAGCUGAACCUCUCUUCUCUCCUUCACCCUCCCCUUACUGUCACCACUGUUUCAGAACCCUACAACCUUCACAGACAUUUCCAUGUCCUUCUUGCUCUAACUACCUUUUCUGCAGCCAAAACUGCCUCUCCAUUGCCCUUAACUCCUCUCACUCUUCUUGGACAUGUCAAACACUCUCUCAUCUUCAAAACCCCACUUCACCUUUAUCAGAAAAACCAUCUGAACUCCAAGUUCAAACUCGUUUCGUUGUUGCUGCUUAUAAUCUUGCUAUUCACACCCCUUCAGAUCUUCAAGCUUUACUUUCUUUUCAUAGUAUUCCAAAUGAUGAUGAAACCGAUGCUAUAGUUUAUGCUUCUAAGUUCAUUCAUUCUCUUAUCUCGCCUUUUUGUCCACCCCGCAUGAAUUUUUCACCUCAACUAGCAGCUAAACUCAUUUCAAUAGAAAGAGUAAACUCUUUUUGCUUAAUGGAACCUUAUUCACCAAAUGGCCCUCAGAGAUCCAUUAAGGCUUAUGGAAUUUACCAAAAAACUACUAUGUGUAACCAUGAUUGUAUUCCUAAUGCAUGCAGGUUUGAUUAUGUGGAAAAUGGUGAGCCUGGUGAUGAACAUAAUACUGAUAUUGUUAUUAGGUUGAUUAAGGAUGUUAGUGCUGGAAGUGAGAUCUGCAUAAGCUACUUUAGGAUUAAUAAGGAUUACGCAACAAGGAAAAGAAUCUUGAUGGAGGAUUUUGGUUUUGUUUGUGACUGUGAUAGGUGUAGGAUUGAAGCAAAUUGGAAUGAGGGGGAGAACAAGGACAGUGAUUUGCCACAUGUGAUUUUCUUGUCCAAGUUUGUUUGUGAUAAGGUGAAUUGUUCAGGAACUUUGGCUCCUCUGCCUCCAAAAGAUGGUGAAAAAUCUAAUGUUCUUGAAUGUAACUUUUGUGGUAAUUUGAGACUUGACUCUACUACUUAA